CGGGCCCGCUCCGCGCGGCCCCGGCUCCCCGGCCGCCGGCUGCGCCCAGAAGCUGAGGCCGCUGGUAACAAAGAGCUGCCGCCCGCCGCUGCCCGGGUGCGCGAACCCAGGGUCCUCGGGGCUGCGGGCAUGAGCGCAGGCGGGGCCCCGCGUCCGGGUUGGCGGUGGUGAGGGCCGGCGGCGGCCGCGUGCGCGGGGCGGAGAGGCCGCACCUGUCCUCGCCGCCCGCGGGCUCGGGCUCGGGCUCGGGGGACUGCGCUCCCUGCGGCUUCGCGCCGGAAGGAAGGCGGCUGCGGGGCCUCCCCGCGGCCCGGAGCCACGCUCCGCUCCGGCUGCCGAAGCCCGGUUCUCGGCGGGGCUCCGAGAGGACCCGGCUCUGCCCAGAGCGCCCCGAAGCUUUGUGUUAGAAGUGGGGAAGCCUGAUGCUUUUUUAAAAAAUGAAAAGACUUCGUAGGUCUCCAUCUUCAGGAUUUUCCCCGGAGUUUUAAGUAGUCUACCUCUUCUCAUCCUUUCUCCUGCUCCUGACGUCUUUUUCCUCCAAAACUAUAAACAUUUUUACCUCAGAGCUGACGAACGUUUUGUAAUUGAAAGUGUAACUUAGAACCACGUCGAGAGAGUAGUCAAGAUGGACAAAAAGUCCUUUGAAAUGGUGCUGGAUGAAAUUAGAAAGGCCGUUUUGACAGAAUACAAAUUAAAAGCAAUUGAAUAUGUUCAUGGAUAUUUCUCUAGUGAACAGGUGGUUGAAUUACUGAGGUACUUCUCCUGGGCUGAGCCUCAGUUGAAAGCAAUGAAAGCAUUACAACAUAAAAUGGUGGCUGUUCACCCAGCAGAAGUGGUCAAAAUACUCAACUGUUUCACCUUCAGUAAAGACAAACUAUUUGCUCUUGAACUAUUAGCUUCAAACAUUGUUGAUGCACAAAAUUCUCGUCCCAUUGAAGAUUUAUUCAGGAUAAAUAUGUCUGAGAAGAAACGAUGUAAGAGAGUACUUGAGCAGGCUUUCAAAGGAGGCUGCAAAGCUCCUCAUGCUAUGAUAUCUUCCUGUGGAACAAUCCCAGGAAAUCCAUAUCCCAAAGGAAAACCUAGUCGCAUAAAUGGAAUUUUCCCAGGAACCCCUUUGAAAAAAGAUGGUGAAGAAUGUACCAAUGAAGGCAAAGGGAUAGCUGCACGGAUUCUUGGACCAUCUAAACCACCUCCUUCAACAUACAAUCCACAUAAACCCGUUCCUUAUCCAAUACCUCCAUGUCGGCCACAUGCAACUAUUACACCAAGUGCUUAUAACAAUGCAGGUCUAGUACCAUUAGCCAACGUCAUAGCUCCUGGUGUACCCCCUCCACCUCCAUAUACUCCUAAUCCAGCAGGAACAGAAAAUGAAGACCUUUCCAAUCAGUCAAAACCUACACAGAAUCAAACAUUUUCUGCCCCAGCAAGUCAACUCUUUUCUCCUCACGGUUCUAAUCCUGCAACACCUGCAGCAACUCCUGUUCCUACUGCAUCCCCUGUUAAGGCAGCAAAUCAUUCAUCGGUAUCAGCAACUGCCACAGUUUCUGGGCUGAACAUGCUGAAUACUAUCCUUCCUGUGUUCCCAGGGCAGGUCUCCUCAGCUGUUCAUACACCUCAGCCAUCAAUGCCAAAUCCAACAGUUAUCAGAACCCCUUCAUUGCCAGCUGCACCUGUCACUUCUGUCCAUAGCACAAUGUCUAUUCCUGUUCCUUCAGUUUUUCCUGGCCUAGUUCCACUGCCAGGUUCUUCUGCCACUCCUACCCCAGUCCCUCAGGCCACAUCUAUACCUCAGGCCACUCCUGCUUCCAAUGAAACAUUUGCUUCUACUUCUGCUUCUUUUGUUAGCCUCCCGUUUUCUGCCACCUCUACUAUUGGUUCUACCAACAGCCCAAAUCCUGCUUCAUUGUCAUCAGUUUUUGCAGGUCUCCCCUUGCCCUUAACACCAACAUCCCAAGGCAUGUCCAACCCAAAUCCUUCUGUAAUUGCUGGUGGUUCUGCUCCCAGUGUUGCUUGUCCACUUGGUCUAAAUAAUCCUCUUCUAUCUGCUUUGAAAGGCUUUCUGACAUCAAAGGAUUCCAAUUUAAUAAACACUUCUGCUUUAUCCACUGCUAUUACAAGUGGGUUGUCUUCACUCUCUUCUCUUACUAAUCACAGCUCAGAUUCUCCUGCUUUAGCCCCUAACAAGUGUUAUGCCCCAUCAGCCAUUCCCACCCCACAGGAGUCUUCUACUCCACGAUUGGCCGUAUUCCCAGGCCUUCCCUCUCCUGUGGCCAACACAACUUCCUCUCCCCCUACUUUGCCUGUCCAAUCUCCUCUAGCUACUCCAAAAUCAGCUUUAACUUCAGGGCCAGUUAGCUCUGGCUCCUCGGCUAUCCUUUUGCAUGGCCCCCAUCCAAGUAACUCAGACUUGCAUAUCACAGCUAGCCCUGCUGUAGCAACUAUUUCUGCUACAAUAAAAGCUGAACCCAUAAGUCCUACUCCCUCAGCCUUUAAAGGUCCAUCUCAUUCUGUGAAUCCCUCUCAUAGCACUUUAGGUUUGUCAGGGACACUAGGUCAUGCAUAUACUUCAACAUCAGUGCCCAUCAGUUUAUCUACUUGCCUUAAUCCUGCAUUAUCAGGUCUUUCCAGUUUGAGUACUCCCUUGAAUGUUUCAAAUCCCCUUUCUUCUAUUUCCCUUCCACCACAUGGUUCCUCCACUCCAAUCACUCCAGUAUUCACUGCUCUUCCUCCCUUUACUUCUUUGACCAGUAAUUUUCCUUUGACAGGUAAUCCAUCUCUUAAUCCAUCAGUAUCUCUUCCAGGGACAUUAAUAGUCACCUCAUCUGCAACUGUCACAUCCAUAUCUAUCCCUCAUCCUAGUUCUACAUCAGCUAUUCUCUCAGGGCUUUCUGUCUCAACACCAGUCUCAGCAACACCUUUCCCCCUUAACUUGUCAACUGCUGUCCCCUCACUUUUUUCAGUUACUCAAGGACCUUUGCCAUCUUCAAAUCCAUCCUACCCUGGCUUUUCAGUCUCUAACACCCCCAGUGUUACCCCUGCUCUCCCUUCAUUCCCGGGGCUGCAGGCACCCUCUACAGUUGCAGCAGUCACACCACUACCUGUCACUGCUACGACCCCAUCACCAGCUCCUGUCCUCCCAGGAUUCGCUUCAGCUUUUAGUUCCAAUUUCAACUCUGCUCUUGUUGCACAAGCCAGCUUAUCAUCUGGACUUCAAACUGCAGGCAGUUCUGUUUUUCCAGGCCUUUUGUCCCUCCCAGGUAUCCCUGGAUUUUCCCAGAACUCUUCACAGUCAUCCUUGCAAGAAUUGCAGCAUAAUGCAGCUGCACAGUCAGCAUUAUUACAGCAGGUGCAUUCAGCUUCAGCUCUGGAAAGCUAUCCAGCUCAGCCGGAUGGGUUUCCUAGUUUUUCUUCAACGUCAGGAACACCAUUCUCUUUGCAACCAGGCCUGUCCCAAAGUGGUUGGCAGUGAAUAUAAUUUGCAUUUACCUUUGGAAUACCAUCAGAAUUGCCUAAGGACUGCAGUGAACAAGCUGACAAAUGUGAACUU